AUUGUGAGUGUGCAUCUCUUUACAGACAAUUCCUAUAUAUAUCUCAAUGAUAGACACAACGAUCGAUAGCUUUGUCUUCUUGACUCUUUUCUUAUGAUCCUCUAGCAACCAAGUAUCUGUCACAAUUCAAUCCUCUUCUUCGUCAUCGUAAACUGAGUCUUGCUCACACUUUUUUUCAAGGCUUCGCUAUAUCCCAGACUCCUAACAAUGUGUAUCAAGGAGCCCGUCAAGCUGCACGCAAGAGCCAUGAAAAAAUGGAUCUCUCGCGUGCCAGAUCGUCUAAGCCGAGGCAUUCGGACUGUCAUGAAGCUUGGAAAAUCCAAGGAUUGCAGCCACCACCAGCAGCACUCUGAUUCCUUCGGUCCUUUGAAAACUACUGAAUCUGCUAAGACCCUUCAUCGUCGCCGGUCGAAAAAAUCUAAGAGCCAAGAUCAACAUGAAACAGCGAGCUUUGAAGACGACACGCCUGCUGAACGAGAUGAUCAUUCAACCUUGGAGGAUGAACCUCUUUUGUCCAAGAACCACCAGGUGGUAAUGGUACACACGUCAAACGAAGACAAACAUUCGAUCCACAUCGUUCAUUCAAACCCAGCUGGGACACGACCUCAAAGCGAUGACUGGUUCAUGAUAAACACCCUUCCAUUCCCAGAUGAAGACAACACGCCUGCUAAACAAGGUAAUCAUUCAGCCUUAGAGGAUGAACCUCUUUUGCCCCAGAACCACCAGGUGGUAAUGGUACACACGUCAAACGAAGACAAACAUUCGAUCCACAUCGUUCAUUCGAACCCAGCUGGGACACGACCUCAAAGUGAUGACUGGUUCAUGAUAAACACCCUCCCAUUCCCAUAUGAAGACGGGAUAUGCGCCGAGACUGAUUCUAUCAUCGAUGAUGUGAGGACAUCUUUUGAAAGCGACAUAUCUGAAGGCCCUUUCGGAGACCGCAAUAUUAGUAUUUGGGAGUGGGAGUGGGAUAAGCAGGAUGAACAACAGGAUGAACAACAGGAUGAACAACAGGAUGAACAACAGGAUGAACAACAGGAUGAACAACAGGAUGAACAACAGGAUGAACAACAGGAGGAACAACAGGAGGAACAACAGGAGGAACAACAGGAGGAACAACAGGAGGAACAACAGGAGGAACAACAGGAGGAACAACAGGAUGGACAGAACACACAACACGGACCUGACACCGAUCAGUAUAUCAAUUACUCGAGUUAUGAUGCGCAUUAUGACAUGGAGUUGAAAAUUGCCAUCAUCGAACAAGCCCGCCGCUUUCCUGCGCACCACCUUGUUGCUAGCAGAGACGCGCUAUUCUCUUCUCUUCACUCAAGAUGAGGCGGAAGGGUAAAAAGAAAGGGUGCUUAUGUUCGUGGGAUAUGCACAAGCUACGCGGCGAGACUAUCGAGAAGGGAAUUAGAAAGCGUGGGCCAUAGGUGCUGGUGAAGGAAUAACUUGAUGAUGGAGAUUUUUUUUUUUUUGAGCGCUGCCUUUCAUUCCGCGGCGAGCUGAACUCGGGCACUGGUAGAAGGUAUGAGGUAGG